CGUCAUUUAAUGUAGUGUCAAGAAGUAUUUACAUCUGUUCAAUUUUUCUUGUUCUAACUUUUUUCUAUUUUUAUUUUCUUCACGAAAAUUAUUGAAAAGAACUAACCAAAAUGCCCAGAAUAAGACCUGGACCUGGACCAGCAGCUUACAAACUCCCAACUGUUGUUGGCUAUGAGGGCCACGACUGUACCAGGUACAGAAACCCAAAAUGGUCGAUGGCUUCUAGGUUUGACACAAAAGAUAAGGAGGCCUUACCUGGGCCUCACUAUGACAUCAGGGGUUUGACAAACAUGGGCAAACUAUAUCCACCUGCCUAUUCUUUAAAGUCCAGAGUUAAAGAUUUUCAAUUUGCCGCAACCCCUGGACCAAACGCCUACAAUAUUCUUAACGUACCCCCAUUAAAUACAAAAAUUCCUCCAAGUUAUUCAAUCAGGUCAAGGUUUAAGUCUACAGCUGGUUCUGCUACACCAGGUCCAAAUGCAUAUCUAUUACCAAGCACUAUUGGUCCCACAAUACCUGAUUUGCCCGCUAAAGCCGCUUACAGUAUAUCUUCGAGGGGAAAAGACGCACUCGCACAAAGCCGUUCACCGGGUCCAGCGACAUACAACGUUCCAACGGAAAAAAGUCACCCGGCUUACACGAUGGGUCCUCGAGUGUUUCCGCCAGAUAACUUGGGCGCCGACGGACCAGGUCCGAUUUAUAUGCCGAAGCUGCCGCAGAAACCUGGCUACUCGUUUGGAGUUAAACUCGAAAACGACCCUUACGUCACUGCGGCCGAUCAUGUGCCUUGCACUUACGAGAGUUGUUGAAAAAAGCAUGUGUUCAUCUAUUUAUUUAACAUUUUUGCAUCACAAUAAAUUAAUUUACAAUGA